AGGUGUAAGGGGGGGGGGGGGGGGUCUGCGCUCCCUGCCUGAGCCGGGAGCCGAGCCCCGCGGCGGCGGGAGCGGGACUUCAACCUCCCGGCUCCACCGAGCUGCGGAGUUGCCAUCAGCAGCCUCGGCGGGGAUGCUGCUGCUCGUAUGUAUUUUCCUUCUCCUGCCGAGGUUCUUGGUGGCGGGUCUUGCCCGUCGGUGAUGCCGUUCGCGGCUGUCGGUCGGCGGAGGGGUGAUAAGGAACGGGAGCUUGUUUGUCCUCUUUGUCACUGAGCAGGGAUGAGCGUGCUGGUGUGCUGUCCCAGAGCCUGGAAACUUAGGAAAGCAAAAUAGGUAGUUUGAAAUAAAUACACCCAGCUAUUUUGUGGCUCCAAACUACAAUUAUGCCGGGAAGUUGAUUCUGCAGCUGCUUGUGACUGCAGCCUGAAGGCCUGCAGCGUGCCGGUGAGCGUCGGCCAGGGCACGGGGACAUUCAGUAACCGGGAAAAUGACUGGCUUUCUGGAGGAAGGAACAAAGAAGAAACCUUUAUUUCUUGCGUAGUUGGAAGGCGAAGCAAUACAGUCUUGACACCUGGUUAACUUAAAGAAGCAUUUUUUCAAAAUACCUCUUGAUGGUGUGGAUCUUGUAACUCUGACACAAACGUGCCUUUGGACUUGUGCAAAUAAAUCAUUGGAAGAAUUGAUUGGGCAAAGCAGUCAUUGACAGAGUGGCUGUUGAAGAAUCAUGACGAAGCACUUGGAGAUCAUCAAUUUGUCAUUUUUGUUGGAACAUGAAAAGGAAACAAUAUUGGGAGUACUGAAGAGAGAUGAGUAUCUGAAAAAAGUUGAAGAUAAAAGGAUAAGGAAAUUGAAAAAUGAGCUUCUGGAAGUGAGAAGGAAAGGUGGCAACCGUCAUUGUCAACAGGACAACAGCAGGGUCUGUGUUCGCUGUCAGAAAAGCCUGGGCUUAAUCUUUGACAGAGGAGACCUGUGCCAAACCUGCAAACUUCGAGUUUGCAAUAAGUGUCGUGUCGUGGGAACUGACGGGCAGUGGAAGUGCUCAGUGUGUGCCAAGAUUGCACAGCUACGGAUAGUGACAGGAGAAUGGUUUUUUGAAGAGAGAGCAAAGCGCUUCAAACAAUCAAAUCUUGGAACUGAUGUUGUCAGACAGUCUAUUCUACGCAAAUUCCCAGAGACGGUUUCCAGCAAGGAUGAAGGAAGAACUUUUAAAGAUCAACCCCAGGAGAAUGAAGAGAAAAGGCCAGAUGUAUCAGUCUCCUCCACAAAUGGGCAUAAAUCAGUCUUCAGUGGACCUAGAAAGAUAGGGAGGGUAAUUAGGGCGGUUGCCAAAGGAGAACUUAAAAAUGCAAAAGACGAAGGUGAAAGGAACGCAGGCUCAGAACCUGAAACCCAAAGUCUGCGCAAUGGCAAGUCAACGCCUUGCUCUGAAAGAGGGAGCACGCUUUCGCUGAACGGCAGUGAUGCAGAGUCCACUGCAGACCAUCUGAAAGGGGCCGCGGGUCCUGCGAACAGAGGCGAUGUUUCCAUACCUUCCCUCCGGAGGUCUCCGGCACUCGGCACGCGCAGCAUGACUGCGGAUUAUAGCAGGGACCCUGGCUUAGAAAAUGGCAUGAUUAUUCCAGCAAGUGAAAGUGUACCUGAAGAUUUAGUAAAGAAGCACUGUAGGAAAGCAUCUGGAACACCUUCCAUUGCAGUUUCUAGGGUAUCUUUGUCAUCAGAUCGUAGCCGAUCGGAGAUAGAUUUGAGUGAAUCUUUCUCUGAAGGAAAUGAGGAUACUCUGAGCAUAAGAAGCAAAUCUGUACCUAGUGCCUUAGAUCAGGAACUGGAUUAUCUGGACGAAACAGAAGAAGACAUUGAUGACAUAGUGGCCUCUCGUUAUUCAAGGAAACACGGACAUUUGACAAGUGGAUUAUCAACAAACUCCCCAGAAGGCUCUGACAGAAAAUGGACGUAUUUAAAUGUGCCUGAAACAGAUGGUGAUACUACUAGCAUUAACAGCAUGCUGAGUGUAUAUAGUGAAACUGGUGACUAUGGCAACGUGAAGGUCAGCGGCGAAAUCCUUCUCAACAUCAACUACAGCUACAAAACAGGUGCCCUCAACAUCCUGGUAAAAAGUUGCAGAAACCUGGCUGUUGCAGAUGAGAAGAAGCAAAGGACUGAUCCAUAUGUCAAAGCAUACCUUCUGCCUGAUAAGUCCCGCCAAAGUAAACGCAAGACCAAAAUUAAAAGUAACAGCACCAACCCAGAAUUUAAUGAAACGCUGAAGUAUGUCAUCAGUCACACGCAGCUAGAAACCAGGACCCUGCAGCUUUCUGUCUGGCACUAUGACAGAUUUGGACACAACAGCUUCCUUGGGGAGGUGGAAAUUCCAUUAGAUUCCUGGAACUUUGAAAAUCAGGGCGAUGAGUGGUUUGUGCUCCAGCCCAAGGUGGAGGUAGCGACAGAUGUUGGCCUUCAAUAUAAAGGAGAACUGACAGUUGUUUUACGUUACAUUCCCCCAGACAGAAACCUAAUGCUUCCUCUAGGGCAGUUUCAAGGAAAGAAGAGCUUCAAAAAGGGAAAAAAGGGAGACUCUCACAUGCCAUCUGGAGGUAUAUUAGAAGUCCUCAUCAAAGAAGCAAAGAAUUUAACAGCAGUGAAAUCAGGAGGCACGUCUGACACUUUCGUGAAAGGAUACCUUCUCCCAGAUGACAGCAAAGCUACAAAACACAAAACUCCCGUAAUAAAAAAGAGUGUGAACCCCCAGUGGAAUCAUACCUUUUCUUUCAGUGGCUUGAAUUCAAGGGAUAUACGUAAUGUCUGCCUAGAACUGACCGUGUGGGACAAGGAGUCGCUCUCCAGUAAUAUUUUUCUGGGAGGUGUCCGUUUGAGCACUGGAAAUGGUGUAAGUAAUGGCAAGGAGGUUGACUGGAUGGACUCUCAAGGGGAAGAGCAGCACCUCUGGCAGAAGAUGAUUGACAGUCCGGGAGCCCCUGUGGAGGGGAUAUUAAUGCUGAGGUCCAGCAUGGGAAAACGCAGACUCUGAGAGACUUUAACUACUUAAGGGGUACCACAGGUACUCUUGACUUCAGUGGUGUUCAGGCUCUUGGCACUUUGCCCGUUUGAAAGUGGGGAAGGAUUGUACUUUUUGCCUUGGAUAUUAAGGCUCCGAGUGAGAUUUUAAUGCAUUCUGCACUUUCACGCGCACGUUUUUAACCCAGGUUUCUUGUACGGAUUGUGUUUCUCUUGAAGCCAGUGAGGACUGGACCUUGUACAGAGAUUGGACUGGUUUUCCCUGUCCCUUCUGGUGACUGGUAUGCAGCUGAUAAACUCCUCUGCCUCUGGCGGGGCACAGAGUGAGCAUCUAGUUAGUCUUUUAGUAAGUAAUGCCUGGUUUACGUGUCUCCCUCUGGGUCAAAGAUGGCCUAGAAGACAGCAGUGAUACAGUACAAGUAGAUUCAGAGUGAGUCUGUGCUUUGGUAUUUGGAAGGUAAGAAGCCGUAAUGUUAUGAAGGAUAACAAACAACAUUUUCUUUGUCAUGUUUGCUGGUUGGGCUGCGCAGCGUGCAGGAUGGCAGGCUUGGGACCAAGCAGCCCACCGAGGAAGGCCAAUGCACCGUGUUGCAUGCUAGAAAUAAGGAGCAGGUGAGCUGGUGUACAGUGCUGGUGUUCUGGCAUUCUCUGGGUUAUUUUAAUGCACUGUAUAAAAGGCACAGUUGGUUCAAAGUAAUCAAAGAGCCUCUAAAGAAAAUAAAUUGUAACAAAUCCCCAGUUUCCAGAACUACAUGGUAUUACUGUGUUUUUCAUUCAGUUGACAGCUCUAGCCAAGAUCUUCUGGUGCCAUUGAACAGAAGGAACGUGUUCACAUGCCUGUCACCGUCUGAUGGGUCGCUGAGAUGAGACCCAUACUGGGUGGGUUUGGACAUAGUUAGCUAAGACCUUGAUUCAACAGAUUUUGUAGUAGAGUGACGUGAUUAAAGCGCAUGCCAGAAUGAUUUGCACAACUGUGGAAUUUUCUCUGGAUGGGCUGGGAUCCCAUUCAGGCGUGCCCACACAUGUUAAUUAUUAACCAGAAUAGGACUUUUUUCUCCUGAACAUCCCCCUGUGAGUUAGCAGUGGAUUUAAUGAUAGGAGUGACUUUGGGCCAAUUCAAUCAUUAAUCUUAUUAACUGUGACAACUGUUCAAUGGUAAUUUUGCCAUUUGGUUUCCUAAAGUGAUUUUACACCUACUUAGAUCCCCCAUCCUCUGGGGACUUACGCAGGUCGUAUGUGAAGAGCAUGCUGUUUUGAAUAGUUGUUGUGGGCUACUCCUACCAUAAUGAGAUAGGAUUAUAAUCUUCUCUCAAGGCCAGCACAUGUCUGCUUGCCAGAAAGAAUAAUAAUAUAAUUGCAUGGCAUGUGAUUGCUCAGGGUAUAAGACAAAGGAAGAUCAGUAAACUGAGUGAACAACAUUUCUUCCGAAUUUUCCUAAACCAAACCAACCCCUUUUUUUUUUUUUCCCUAAACCAAACCUAACUUUUGGCACCUAAACUACCUCUCUCUUUAACAGAAUCGGUCCGAGUUGUCUUGGUUGUUUGUACUGCAAACCUGUAUUUAUUUGGGGAAUAGUUAUAUCAUCUUGGCAUGGAGGCACAAGCUUGAUUUUUCACUUGAUGGAAGUUGAUUCAAAAAGAUAAAGCUUGUUCAAUGUAAAGAAAACGAUUCUUUAGGGUAAAAUUCCAGCUAGAGUUGUAGAGGGACACUGGGCAGUUGGAUGGUUUGGUUUUGUUUCAUUUUGAUGGUGAAAAUGGGAAAAACAAUAAGAACACAAAAAAUCCUCCAAGUUGGACCCCAAAGUGGACACCUUUUUCUCUUGCCAAAUUGAAAACCUUAAAAAACUUUGAACUGAACUAAACCUUUUAUUUAUACAUGGAGUACAAGAGUUUGUCUAAUUUUUGAAUGGUAUUUUCUAACCUUCUAAGUAUGAACAUUUUAGUUAAAUCAAGUCUUGCUUUGAAAGGAAAAAGUCUGUGCUUUACUGCUUCGGCUUCUGCCCAUUUUGGUCCUACGAUAGAGUUUGUGAUGAAUGGACUCAUCUGGGAAGCAUAACCCGGCUUAUACAUGGGCUUUAAGUUCUGCCUUUUCCUUCCAAAGGGCCAAAAUUUCACUCUGAGCCUGCACCUGAAAUUAUAGGCCGGGCUAUGAAUAGACUGUAGGUGUCAACUUCAGUUCAGCAUAUGAAAGGAAAAAUUUCAACUGGGAAGUAAUUUCAGCCAAUGCGGUGGUGUUUGCCAUUGAUGGGAUUUGGAGAAGUGCAGUGAAAUUACCUCCUAGGUUAGCAGUGACAAUUCUGCAUUAUGGUAGCAUAUAAUAGGUAUCACAGUGUGCCUCAAAUGAGCCUCGAAGAGAUGAUGAGCAUCAUAUAAACACUAGAGCAAUUUGGAAAGCUUUGCUGUUCUAUGAUGUUAUCUGCACAUUUGUAGGAAGCGUUUGAUUUGUGGAAAAUGUCACAUUUAAUUACAUCUCUUAUAUCUUUGGUCUCUUCCUUUACAAAAAUGAUUUAUGGUUUGGAAAAGCACAAGAUGAUUAACUGCAGAUGUGAUUUCUUGUUUCCCAGAUAUUUGAAUUGAUUGCCUGUAAUUGUGCGUCAUCACGUACUGUGUGUUACCAGGCUGAACAAAAAGACGGAAAGCCAGGAAUUAGGCAAAAGCCUUCCUUUUGUAUGUAUGUUUAUGGUAUUGAAGGUGCAUGAAUGGUUUAUUCAAGGCUAAUUUUUAGGAGAAAAUAACCACAAUUUUAGCAUUGAUUCAUAAAAUCCUUCCCUGAGUAAAUAGACACAGCAAAGCUGAUGUUUCUGAAGUGUUUUUCCACACAGUCUUAAAUAACUGAAGAUGUGUCAGUGGAGAAGAAACCUUCUCUACAGUGGUUUUUGAAAAUGUGUUGCACAAUACCUUUUACUCUGAUACAUAUUUUUCUAGCAAGGUAACUACAGGGCUUUCAUCACUAUCUUUUCCCCCUUGUGAUUAGAUUUUGAGGGUUUGGCCCAUUAAAGAAGAACAAAAGUGCAACUUCCACUGUAAAACGUCAAGUGGGGCCAGUAAAUACAUGCUUAGACAGUGUGGUUAUUGCCAAUAUCCAUCAAAAAGAGCUGAUGCGGAGGGCGCUCCAAGCCCUGACAUCAGACUUUGGUAUCCAGACCUGUUCUCUGGAAGUUUCUCUGCUCAGUUUCAGCUACAUGGGGACUUCAGGCUUCUAAAUGUUGAUGCUCUUGCGUGCUUAGAUGCCAAAAGCAGGCUAACGCAGGUUUGAAAUGGUGACCUCAUCUCUUCCAUCGUGUUACGUUUGAGUGAGGGUGGGAGGAAAGCUGCGAAGACUCUGAGGGACACUGUUUCCAUCUUCCUGUGCUAAUCCAAGUGCCAUUGCCUUCCUUGAAUGCCUUUUAGAUGCUACAUUUCGAUCUUUCUUUCCCAGCUGGAUGCUUUAGCAGAUGGCUUAAGAGAGAAGGCAUUGGGAUGGUGAGUAUGCUUUGAUCAUGGUGCAUUGGGCUGGAAGCUUAUUCUUCUGUGCCUCUUCCAAUGCAGAUUAUGCUAAGGUAGCAUGAAAGAAGCAUUUUUAUGUAUUAAUUUUUUAUUUUUGUUUUCCUGCCUGGUUAGACCCUGCCAAGUGCAAUUAUUCUAAGUUGUAUUCUGCAAAAUAUCAACUAAAUUGUAACAGCAGAGCAGCUAUUGAGCAUCCACUAGUGCUAAUUGAUAAGGAGAGGUAACAGGAGGGGGUGCAUUUAGACUGGCAUAAUUUUGGCUUCUUGAGGGGUACACACAUUGCCCAGCUUCAGGCAUGGAAAGUUUGUGGUUUGCUCUGGAGAGUCAAUGAAGAGAGAGGCUGCUUGGAUCUCCUACACCUUCAAAAGAGAGCUCAGAGUCCUAUUUCCACAGCUGUCUAGUUUGUGGAUUCACACAAUAUAGGAAGGGUUGUACCUGAAUCUUUGCAAGGGUCUCUCUUCUCUUCAUCCCUCCCUUCAGUUCAGCAACCCUCACCAGAACGUUCUACCUGAACGAUAAUCUCCAGUGUCUGGAAGGAGGCAGCAUGCAGCAGUUAAGUGAUAGCCCCACUUACGUUCAUCCAUACGAGGUAAAAACUGAAAUUUUACUUCCCUAACAUACAGUAUUGAUUUUCAGCACUUUGCAACAAUGACAGAAAUAACCAUCUCCUGAGAGCUGGUCCAUGCGCCUUGUAAACUCUUUUUUUUUUUUUUUUUUUUUUUUAAUAGUUUUUUUUUAAAUUAUUAUUUAUUUAUUUUUACACACAAUGUUAACGUUUGAGAACCCUAGAGAAAUAGUGGCAGAACAUGUGAUGAAUUCCAAAAUAGGAUGCUGACUUUUAUUUGCAGUGAUGUCUUCUACCAUAACUCAGCAGGAGAUGCUGAGAAGCACGCUAGUAGAACCUUACCACUGUGUCCCAUGAAUUUCCAGCCUGGUGAUUUCACGUUUGCAAAUGUUGUUUGAUAAGUGGUAAUAAGACAGUGUUAAUUAUACUGUGUAUAUUGACACCGGAAAGUGAAUCUCAACUUGCUUUUUAGGUGUUUUCUAGGUUGUUUUGAAACUCACCCUUGCUGCAUCUUGGGCCUUCAUUUAGAUUAGUGAUUUCAACAAUUCUGCUUUGUGGCAAUAACAUCUAUAUGGCUGUGUGCUACUGCUCCUGAGAGCUUGGUGUAUAUUUUUGAGGGUAGUUCUAAUUGUUGAGGUUUGCCUAAAGCCAAGUGUAGGCAUUUGUUGCAGCAAUUGGAGAAUGUCACGUAUCCCUCGUUCUGCCUUUGUUCUGCUUAAAACCUGUUGCUAGCUAUUUGUUUAAUUAUUCUGCUGGACGUGAACAGUAGUAGCAGUAAAUGGCAUUGCGGUAUGUUAAGUUCUGCCCAAAUUUAGACAAAACAAAAUGUUUCCUGCCCAGAACGUUUUUGUACUAUGCACUGUACGUUCAGUUUUGUGGACAAAGGUGGCUGGUAAUACAUUUGCAGCUGUUGUCAAGAUUACUGUUCUAUCUUUUAAAAUUAAAAUAGUGAAACAUG